CGUAUGACACUAUACACGUAUGACGCCGCACACGCGUGUUGCAGGGGAGCUGCCCAUGGAGGAGCUGCUGCAGAAAUACGCCGGGGCCUUCAAUGAUUCCGACUGCGAGUCAGCGCCCGCGGCCAGCAGCACCAGAUCCGACUCCCUGGCAGCCGACAGCGACGACGACGAAGAGGAAGAAGACGAAGAUGAAGAAGAGGAAGAGGACGAAGAAGAGGAGGAAGAGGAAGAGGAAGAAGAGGAGGAAGAAGAAGAGGAGGAGGAAGACGACGACGACGAGGCCGAAGCUCCGCCCCCCCCCCCCCCCCCCCCCCCCCCCCCACUCCCCAAGAAGGAGAUCAGCGACAUCGCGGCUGCGGCCGAGAGCCUGCAGCCCAAGGGGUACACGCUGGCCACCACGCAGGUGAAGACCCCGAUCCCGCACCUGCUGCGUGGGACGUUACGCGAGUACCAGCACAUUGGGCUGGACUGGCUGGUCACCAUGUACGAGAAGAAGCUCAACGGGAUCCUGGCCGAUGAAAUGGGGCUGGGCAAAACCAUCCAGACCAUCUCACUGCUCGCACACCUCGCCUGCGAGAAGG